AUGCGCCUCCUGGCCACGGCGCUGGCCGCCCUGCUGGCCACGGCCCCGGCCCCAGAUGUUUGUGAGGCUUUAAAUGUGACAGUCUCUCCGGGACCAACAGUGCGAUACUCCGAGGGAGAUAAUGCUACCCUUUACUGCCACAUUUCUCAAAAGAGAAAGACAGACAAUUUGCUGGCUGUGCGGUGGGUCUUUGCUGCAUCACCUACCCAGGAGUAUCUGAUGAUCAAAAUGACAAAGUUUGGGUCUGUCCAGUAUUAUGGGAAUUAUACUCAUCAUUUCCACAAGCAAAGACUUCAUCUUCUUAAAGAGAAACAUGGAACUAUGUACAAAUUUCUUAUUCUAAGCCUCCAGCAAACAGAUCAAGGACAUUAUAUAUGCAAAGUCCAGGAAAUUGGCAAACACAGGAAUAAGUGGACAGCAUGGUCAAAUGGCACAGCAGCUACUGAAAUAAGAGUGAUUUCAUCAAAAUCUUCUGAUGACCCCACUUUCAAGAAAAAACAUGAAGCUUGGAAGUUUUUUGAAGAUCUGUACGUGUAUGCAGUGUUUGUGUGUUCAAUAGGAAUCAUCAGCGUCCUCCUUUUUACACUUGUCAUUCUCUGUCAGUCACUUCUGAACAAGAGGAGAUCCACAGUGAAGCAUUACCUGGUGAAAUGCCCCCAGAACAGUUCUGGGGAGACAGUUACCAGUGUGACAAGCAUGUCUCCUCUACAGCCCAAGAAGGUAAAGAAAAAGAAAGAGAAGGAGAAACUGGAGCAGCCACCAGCCAUCCCAGCAAAAGCUCCAAUAGCUAAUAAUUUUCCUAAGCCCAAGCUCUUGAAACCUCAAAGAAAAUUGAUCCUGCCAAAAAUCGCAGAGGAGAAUUUAACAUAUGCUGAACUUGAACUUAUGAAGCCGAUUCAGGAAGCCAAAGGCAUUCCCAGUACGACAGUCUAUGCACAGAUACUCUUUGAGGAGAACAAGCUGUAAUAGUUUAUGCCUGUAUAAAUGUCCUUUGUCUGUGUUCUAUUUAAUUCUUGCUGUGCUGUUUAUUUAUAAAAAUCAUACAAAUGUCCUUAUUUUUUUAUUUCCAUUCAUGCACUUCUAUUUUUCUAUGAGACUUUUAAACAAAAUGUAGUUGAAAGGAAUCAUAGAAAAAGCAGCUGGUCUACAAGUGACAUCCCAGAGACACCCUUCAUAGCGUUCGGCCCCCCUGUUUUAAAUGGACUGAAGUUCCACCUGGGGCGUUUUUAGUACUAAACAUUAUUCCUUCUUUGAUGCUAACGUGACAAGUCCAGCUGCAAACAGCAACACCUUAGCAAGCCUCAGAAGGACUAGUGGCAGGAUCCAUGCACAUCAGCCUGCUUCUGAAGACAAAGACCACUGACCAGGAAAUUUGUCAAUUUAAUGCUGUUUUUCCCAUCAGAAAAAUAUUAGAUCAGUAAAGCUGAGACUUUUUUCUAUAGCAAAGGAAAAGCUAAAAUUACUUUUUCUGCUUUUUUUCCCCUCCAGAAAUAGUUAUAAAAAGGUUUAGUUUCUAUAUUUUCAAAUUCCCUUUCUAAAUGACAUUGUCUUUAAAAACUUAUGUUACUACUUAAGUGCUUGAAAUCAAACAUUUCAAAAUAAUCCAAAGGAAACAUUCCUAGUUAAACCCCAGUGAUUUAAGGAAGAAUAUUUAUAGCUUGGGAACGUUUUCCAGGAUUUGAUUUUUUUUUAAUUCUGAUUGGGAAUAGGAAAAAUUUGAUAGUGAGUAAAAGAAUUUGACAGAAUCAGGACACUGUUUUUGGCCUUGAUUUAGACUGGUGCUUCCAAACCCGCAACAGUUUCCUCCUGUGGCCUACAUUACUGAGCUGCUGAUCUAGAGGAAAAAUCACACAGCUUCUCCUUUAGUAUGGAGCAGACUCCGUUAACGCCCUGCUCACUUUGGAGUUAUUUCUUUGGAAAGAUCAGGGCUCAGGAGAUAGGGAAAUGAGCCUAAUGUGAGAGCACAAAAUACUUUUCCUGUUUCUUCACCUCUUGAUAACUGAGAAGGGAUUCUUCCUUUUCCUUUGAUACACAUUCAUGGAAAAUGGGCUUUUCUGUGGCAUCCUGGGCAUUUCAGUCAUGAAGGAUAGCUGGACUGAUGUUUUCAAGCUCCUAAAUCUCUGAUGCCCAAAAAUUCCACCAAAGCUCAGCGAGAGUUGGGUACCCAACAUCUUUCAGCCCUUGGGAAGCUUUAGCCCUUGAGUACCUGCAGAGUUAAUGGAGACAUAAAAGCAUGGGCUCUUUAGCUCACCAUCAGGCCAUGGAGAGCUGACAUUUGGCAUGUGCCAGGUCCUCUCCAGGUCUGGGAGGGAGCCCCUUGACAGGCCACUCAUUCAGCAGUAUUUAGUGUGGAUUUUGGAGUAGCACUUGCAGGCCUUGGGUUUUGAAAUCCUAACCAAGGUGAUCCAAGUUGCUUCCUCCUUUACAGGUCAGGCCUUUUUAGUGAUACAGCAACUUCUCGCCAGGGCUCAGAGCACAGCUGGGAACCAUCGCAGGAAUACACAGGUUCUUAUUCCUGUUACUGCAUGGGAGCGCAGGAGGGGAGGGCAGGA